CGAGCAUGUUUUGGUGUUUAAACUUUAACUUCUUCUGAAGGGUGGGUAUUCGGUAAAUCUUGAAAUUUCAUCAAAGGUUCAGCAAAUUUCUAUACGCUUCCUCUACAAUCCGCAUGUCAGUUAUAUUUUCACAGUAUAAGUUGAAGGUUGUUUGCGUAGCUGAUGCAGAAGCGGCAGUUUUGAAAAGUGAAUUUCAAGUAUGGUUGUUUGUGUGUUGACUGUCGUUUUAUACGUAUAUCAAGUUUGGUGGGCACUUAUGUUCACUGUUAUUUUUUAUUGCUUCAUGCACUGUGUCUUAUCGUUAUUUAUUUGGUUUUAGAUAGUCGGUGAAGUACGUGAUACUAUAGUAUCACGUGAUAUAUCACCUGUACAAUCUUGUCAGGAAAUCCACAGUGUUGUUCCCAUUUGUUAGUUUCCAGGGUUCAAAACAGUUUUGUGAUCACCCUUUUGGUACAGUCUUGGAGGCAAACGUAUUUUACAGUGAUAGGUGGAAUUGCCCGCCUUAUUACGUCAGUGCAUUCAAUACUUCUUAGUUAUGGAAUGAUAUUAAUACCCAUCGGUGAUUUUCACUAUCCAAGAAGAAUUGAACUUCCCAUUUCACUCCCUAGAUGUGAUGUUAAAUGGCACGUGGAAAAGGUCGAUUUAUCGAAAGGUGACAUUUACUGGACAAUGCACUAACUUCAACAGUUAGUUACCUCUAGGUACUGAUCUUGGUCACUACCUAAUAUUAUUUCCCUAACAUUCAAUUGUUGGGACAAAUAUCAAAUUUUGGUAAAUAUCACUGGCACUUACAGAAAUGGAUACACCUUUUGUACUGUUCGUAAUUUUUGGAUAUCCAGUGUCCUUGUUUUCCGGUGUAUUUAUAUUCUUAUGGUGUACUUACCUUUGGGAAACGUAUUUAAGUAUUCGCCAGAGAAGAAAAAUUAUCAACUCAACAAAUGUUCCAAGUGAACUGUCAAGUGUUAUGGACAAUGAAAGUUUUCAAAAGUCACGUCUAUAUGCUAUUGAUCGAUCAAACUUCUCUCUAGUUAGUGGUGUUUAUCAUAUUCUUGAAUUGUCAGCAGUCUUAUACUUUUCAUUUCUGCCAUGGUUGUGGUAUACUGCUGUCAAGCAUUCGACCAUUUUAAAUGCUUAUGUUAUUAAGAAAUUCGGUAUAAAUAUGGGUCUUGGAGUAGACAGUGAGAUUAAGUGUUCCAUCAUGUUCUUCUUGUAUACAGCUCUGAUCAUAUUUGUAGAUUCAUUCCCAUGGACAACUUAUAGCACCUUUGUAAUUGAAGCACGUCAUGGUUUUAACAAACAAUCGUUUGGUUUCUUUAUCAAGGAUCAAAUUAAAGCGUUGUGCAUUUCAAUGCUUAUCGGUAUCCCGGUCUUGUCUUGCCUAAUAUGGAUAAUCAAAGCUGGUGGACGCUAUUUCUACAUAUACGCCUUUGUAUUCACCGUUCUAGUUACUGUCUUCUUAAUGUUUGUGUAUCCAGAAUACAUUGCACCACUGUUCGAUCAUUAUGAACCACUACCGGAGGGAUCUUUAAAAACGAAAAUAGAAGCAUUAGCAGCAUCUAUUAAGUUUCCAUUGAAAAAACUUCUAGUUGUUGAAGGCUCAAAACGUUCAGCGCAUAGUAAUGCCUAUUUCUAUGGAUUUGGUAAAAAUAAAAGAAUUGUUAUUUUUGAUACACUUAUUCGUGGUUUUGAAUUUCCUAGUAAAAGUGAAGAUACAACUACAACAACAGCGGCAACUACACAGGAGACUAAAAAAGAAUCUGAUCAGCGUGGUUGUUCAGUUGACGAAGAAAUCUUAUCAGUUAUCGCGCAUGAGCUAGGCCAUUGGAAGUUGAAUCAUACAAUUUAUAAUCUAUUUAUUGGAAAAGCAAAUCUACUCAUGAUGUUUGUUAUCUUCGGUCUUUUAAUGGAUAUGAAUGAAUUAUUCACUUCAUUCGGUUUCAAAGAUAAUGAUACACCGAUUAUGCUAAGGUUGAUUAUUAUCUUUCAGUUUAUAUUCUCUCCGUAUAAUACAGUCAUGGAUUUUAUGAUGACAGUUUUAUCUAGAAAAUUUGAAUUUCAAGCAGAUGCUUUUGCUGUGAAAUUGGGUUAUGGACAACAUUUAAAAUCUGCUUUAAUUAUCCUGUUAAAAGAUAAUUUAUCCUUUCCUGUAUGUGAUUGGUUGUAUUCAACGUUCAAUCAUUCACACCCACCAUUACUUGAACGUCUCAGUGCAAUUGAUGCCUACAAAUCUGACUGAAAUAAAGGAAAAUAACAAACAAAAAAAAUAGUGUUCAGUCUGAAAGCCUGUUUAUUUUACUUGAUAUCCCCGGUGGGAAUUGUAUACGCUUUGGUCGUCUGUGUUGUGUAUUUCCACAAAUGUUGUCCAGUGUAUAUCUCUGUGCAUAAGAUGUGUCUUUUUUCUGCAUUAAAUAAACUGCUCUUGAAGUUAUGCUGA